AUGUCAACGGAACUGACGGCGACUAGCUCACUGCUGGGCUCGGCCGCCCUGUUUGACAAUCCCGUCUUCGCUGGGGGUAUCGGGCUGGGAGCCCUCGGUGCUGCGGUGGCUUUUGCGCGCAAGGGAGCCAUCGCUGCGGUAGGAGCAGCUCGGCGACGGCUCCUGGUCAAUGUAGAAAUCAGCAAGCAGGACCCCGCGUACCCGUGGAUCCUAGCAUGGCUCUCGAAGCCUCGCAACACGCCGGGCUUCAUCGCCUCGCGGCUCACGCGCAUUCACGACAUGUCUGUGACAACGACAACAUCCGCGCGAGGACCCCCCGGAUCGAGUGGACCGACCAACGCGAGCUUCUUCCUACAACCAGGCUACGGACGGCACAUUGUCAAGCACGGCAGUGCAUACAUCGCAGUCAACAGAGAGAAACAUAGCACAGCCAACAUGAACACGGGCGAGCCGCACGAGAUACUGCAGAUGACGACGCUGUGGGCGCACCGCCAUGUGUUUGAGGACGUGUUUGGCGAAGCGCACCGGCUGGCGGCACAGGCCAACGAGGGCAAGACAACGGUCUACUCGGCGCGCGGGCUGGAGUGGGGACAGCUGGGCGACCCGAGGACCAAGAGGCCGCUGGCGUCGGUCGUGCUCGACGAAGGCGUCAAGGAGAACAUUGUCAGUGACGUCAAAGACUUCAUGUCGCGACAGCAGUGGUACGUCGACCGUGGCAUCCCUUACCGCCGUGGGUACCUGCUCUUCGGUCCUCCGGGGAGUGGCAAGAGCUCCUUCAUCCAGGCUCUGGCUGGCGAGCUCGACUUCAGCGUUGCCAUGAUCAACCUGAGCGAAAUGGGCAUGACGGACGACAAGCUGGCCUACUUGCUCACCAAGCUGCCCAAGAGGAGCUUCCUGCUGCUCGAGGACGCCGACGCGGCCUUUGUCAACAGGAGGCAGAGAGAAUCGGACGGCUAUAACGGCGCUACCGUCACCUUUUCCGGCCUCCUUAAUGCCUUGGAUGGCGUCGCCGCCAGCGAAGAGCGCAUCGCCUUCCUGACCACCAACCAUAUCGACCGCCUCGACCCGGCCCUCAUCCGUCCCGGACGCGUCGACAUGAUGGCACGCAUCGGCGAGGCCACGCGCUUCCAGGCCGGUCUCAUGUGGGACCGCUUCUACGGCGACGUGGACAAGGAUCACUCUGGCAGGGAGAGGUUUCUCACUCGUCUAACUGAGCUCGGCCUCUUUGGUGUCAGGGAGGACGGCAAGGCAUCUAAUCGCCACACGAGUACGGCUGCCAUCCAGGGUCUGUUCCUCUUCAACAAGAAUGACAUGGAGGGGGCUAUCGGCAUGGCUGAAGGACUCAUCCCGCGCAAAUUCGAGCCUGAAGAUGCGGGUUCCGAAGGGGCCAUCAAGACACCAGCGUAA